GAAAAAGUGAGCUGCCCUUGCAGCUUCCCCAGGCUCCGCUCCAGCAGCGCUUGGGCCUUUCCAGAACCUCCGCGCUCGCCUUCCCUCCUCCCUUAGCAACCGCGAGGCUAUGGAUACCGCCAGCGAGUGGGGGCCCGGGAGGCCACAGGGCAGCUCUGCGGCGGCGGCGGCCCAGCUCAGGUGGCCCGCGCACGGGCGACCGCAUUGCGGAGCCACCCUGCGAGCGCAAGUGUCGCUGCGCCAGCGCGCACAGGGCCCCGCGCACCCGACCUCCGCACCUGCCGCGGGGUCCAAAAGGGAUCCUGCAAAAAUGAGCCAUUCUCACCCGGCUGGAUUGCUUGCAGCAUAUAAUAGUCUUACCGACAAACACUUGACUGGAUAUUUUAACAACACAAGGAUAAGGCGGCAUCUCUUAAGAUCAGGGCUGAUCACAAGAAGUGGAAGAAUACUUUCUGAAAAAGAAUACAAGCUAAAUAUCAUGAAGAGGGAUCACCAAAAAUAUAUCCGGGAUUGCCUAGCUCAGGCUAUUUUCCAUAAGGUUCUUGAUAUGGAGCGGUAUCAUCAACUUGAAAUAAAAAAAAAACUGGAGACGUUAGCUAGGAAGGAGCGAAUUCAGAGAUUUAAGGGAGAACCCACAAGAUGGUCUAUAGAAAAUAACAUGCCAAUCCUGUCUCCCCACCCCCCAGUUGGCCCAAAGACUAACCGUGGCCAUAGUGUCCUAAUUGAUGAAGGACAUUCCAGUCCAGUAACACUGACAGCCCCUCGGCCAUACACUGCCCCAGGAAAUAUGCAGCCUCCAAUUCGAUUAAAGCCUCUUCCCAGUAAUCCUGCAGUAGGAACUGUUCCAAAGAUAACUUCGGGGUCCAGAUCGAAAACCUCAUUGCUGGAAAAUGAAGCUCCAUUUCCCAUUGGGGGCAAGAAGGCAGUGAUGAAGUUCAAGAACUCCAUGGACAAUUCACAGGGAGUGAAUCGCUAUCAACUUCCAAACAUUAACAAUUACAUGAUGCCUAUUCCUCCUGCACCUCCUCCCCCCAGUGGAAGAAUCAUAAGGGAAAAUAGACUUGAGUCAUGGAGAAGGAGAAGAUUUCGUCCAACCACUGCUCCAGAUGGCUUAGAUCCUCUCUUUACCAGGUCCAGUGAUGACCACCUUGUGAGGCUGAAUGACCACGUGGACGGUUGUGCCGUCCGCCUUCUCUCGCGGCACUCCUUCAGUGUAUAUGGCCUGUUCUCCCUGACAACCUGGACAACUGUGCCAGUUUGGUCCUCCCACAACCUGUACUUCACCCCCUUUUCAGACAGGCAUGAAUCCAAUGCUGUACUUCUAUCUCAGCUCUCUGGAAAGAGGGGAAGACGUGAUCUUCCUACGAUGUGGGAAGAUAUAAAGACUGUUUCAUCAUCUUCAUCCAGAAGUCGCCCAUGUUCUAGUUGCAGUGAAGAUGAGUCUGCACCGGGAGAUAGAGAGGCCCACACCGAAAACGGCCUGAACAGAAGGGACAGAAGUCCAUCUUCUCAGGAGUUGAGUGAAAGUGAUGAGCCAGGAAAAUCCCACCUUCCAAUUGAGGAUUACUUAGAAGUUGAAAUUGAAGACCAAGAAAUCGUAACAGCAGAUGUAGAGACCAAGCCUCUGCCCACAGAGGAAUGCUUGGAGAAUGUUCUUGAAGAAGAAACGGAGAAAGGAACCCAAGUGGUUGCAGAGGGGUUAUCUGAGAAGUCCAGGGAACAUGUUUCCACAGAAGAAAAAGAAAAGGAUAAAAGUAGGCUUUGGGAAGGAAGCACUGCUAAGGUGAAGGACAAAAAGGCAGGUCCCCAUAGGGUGGAAAAAGAUGUUGGACAGACUGUCGCUGAGGCUGUGGAACCUGGCAGCCACCGGCACUAUGACACCGAGUCUGGUGUUAGCAGCACGAACGAGGAGAAGCACUCGAGGAAGCUGGAGAUUGACACGGGUGCAGCACCACACAGGAAUUUCGUGUUGGAGGAACAAGCAACACUCAGCUCGGACACAGAAUCCAAGCAAGGUGCAUCGGAAGUGUACACACUGGAGAAGAAAGCAGCAGUGGCGGGUGAUGAACUUCCCCAGCACGGGGAUGCUGACACAAGAAAAGAGAAAGGGGGUGCAGCACAGUGGGGAAAAGCAGUGGGGGUUAAUGAGGUUCCCUUGGGGGAGGGGAAGCCAACAGCCCCAGCUUUAAUAGGACGAUUUACUGAGGAAAGAGAGAUCCCUCGGGGCAUAGCAAGUGGGGCAGAGGCAGAAGCAGAAGGGGAUCCAAGGCUGGAUAAAGAGGAGUCAAGCCCCAGGGGAAAAGAAGCCACCAGAGCCGCUGGAGGUCUGAAAGAAGAUGAGGCUCCUGAGGAGCCCGUCUUGCUGCCCACAGUGCUGGAGACUGAGAAGGUGGCUGCCGAGGAGGCGCGGGGCUCCCAGAAGGCAGUGCUUGCAAGUGAGGCAGCAGCUCUAGACUCAGAGCGUACUCAGGAGGCAGCAGCCAUGAGGGAGACAGUGACACAGGGGAAGAGAGAGGCUGAGAGAGGCGCGGCCGUGAGUGCUGCAGGGUCUGAAAAGCCUGAGGUGAACAGUGAAGAGCAAGCAUCUACAGCCCUAGAGGACCUGGGAGCCGCGGGAGAGGCUGCCUCUGAGGGAGAAGGUGGUUCAGAAGAGGCAGUGCUUGGGGGCGAGGAACCGGCCGAAGAGCGGGAGGCAGCUAUGGGACCGGGGACACCCUUGAGCUCCUCAACUUGGGAGAAGGCCGAGGCAGCCCCGACGGGGCUUUCGGAGGGCAGCCUGGAAGAGCUUUGUAAGGAAGAUGCUGAAAGGGAGGAGAUUGGGACUGAGGCGGAAUCUAAUAAAGAAGAUGACAAGAAGGAAAUGCUACCCGAGGAAUUAGGUGUAGCAAGAGAGAGGACGAAAGCUGAGAGGCCAGAAUCACCUCUGGAGGAAACUGAAUCUGAGAGGGAAGAGGUGACCAGGGCAAACGCACGGCCGGGUGAAGACAUUUUAGAAGAAGAGCACAAGUUUAAAGGGGAAGAGCCGGAAACCGUGAAGGAAGUGAGAUCUGAGGAAGAGACACAAGUCUCCCAAAAUGAAAGGGAGUGUGAUGCCGAGGGCGAAGCAGCCACGGGGCCGUUGGAGUUGACUGACGACGCAGGGCCGCAAGGAGGAGAUUCACUGAGAGAGAGAGAGGGGGCCAUGUUUGAAGCGGCACCUGGGUAUGAAGAGUCACUGGAAAACACAACUGCUCUGAGGAAACAGGAAGGAGGGGAAAGCCCGAGAGAAGCCCGGGACCGCGAGCACAAAGGCAGAGCAGAGUUGCUCCCCAGGGAGAACGGGGCGGCCUCGGGGCAGGACCAGGGGCCGGGCCCUGACGGGGAGGGUGUGUCAGGAGCUCCUGAAACGGAGCUGGCAGGAAGGGGGCAGGCACCGGAGGCAAUGAUCGCAGCCCCAAGUGGGGCCCAGGAGCGCGCAGCCAAAGAUCAAGAUGGCCUCGCUGGACUGGAAGGAGGGGAUGAGGAAGGGCCUUUGCAAAGGCAGCAAGGAGCGGGGGUCACAGCGAUGACCCAAGAAGAUGUUUCUGAGGAAGAUUCUGUGACGGCAGAAAAGCUAAGUGAAGAAGCUAUGGAUGAGGAGGCAGAUAAAGAGUGCUCUCGGGGGACAGGAGUGAGGAGGAACGGGGACACGGAGGGGGACGGGAGCUUGCAAGGAGGCGCGGUGGUGGCCGAGGAAGAUCUCCACCAAGGAGAAGAAGCGGCAGGAACGGCCGCAGAGAAGAGGGAGGUGUUGGCAGAUUUGAAGACAGCUGAGGGGAAAACAGAGGCAAAUAAAGCCUCCUCCCUGUCAGAUGUUGCUGGCAAGGAAACUUGGCACAAAGUGGAGGAGUUACUAGGGAAACCGGCAGCUGCCGAGAAGGUGGUGGCAGGGGAAAGAGCGCUGAGCAGGGAGGAGGUGCGGGCGGUGGAGGAGGUGACGGGGACUUGGGCACCAGAGGCUGAGGUGGGGGCUCCACGAGAACCUUCCGGCCCGGGAGGGCAGGCCCCACAGCUAGGGCAGGAUCCAGAGGGCGGGGGAGCUGCAACCACGCAGCGGGCAGAGGCCGUGGGAGAGGAGCCCGGCCCGGGGAGCGGUGACCAAGGGCAGGAGUUGGGUGCAGGCGAAGAAUUCAGCCCAGGAGUGUCCCGAGGGAGAAAGUCAGAGCCUAGGGGAGAGAGUCUACAGGGCGCGCAAACGCUCCCUGUGAAACCUGAUUACACGGAAAGCCAAGAGAGGCAAGAGCGUACAGUGCAAAGAGAAAAGGAGCACGUGCAAACGCAGAGGUCUCCUUGAACAACAUGAAGGCCUAAGAGACUUUGGGGCAGAAGGAUAUUUGAAAUAUGUCUUCUGGAAGACUUAAAGACUGGAGAAAGAUUAACCCAAGCAUCUCACUCAGAACUUUGGAUUUUUACCUUUUUUUUUUUUUUUUUUAAAUCCUCGUGCUUGUCUGAGCUGGUUCCCACUCUAGCAGUGCUGGUCAGGAGCACAGUGAGCACCUUGAAAAUAACUGGAUCCAUCUGUAGGACCCUCUUUAGGGGCAGCGGUUCCUAAUGGAGGACUGUGAAGCUGUUAUGUAUUCAACAUAGCUAACGUAUCUCUAUUCAAAUCCAAUUGAUAGUUUUCAAAUGUUUGACUUUUACCAAAGAUCACCCGAAAGGCUCAGUCCUCACAUCUGGGGUUUGUUUAAAUUCCUUUUUUAUUUAUAAUCAAAUAUUAGUUCCGGUUUCAUACAUUAGAGUUUUAUUUAAAGUCUGUGGCUUGGGGCUUUAAUGACUUGGUUUGUGAAAAUGAGCUCUAAAGGUCCUUCCGUGUACACUCAAUACUGAAGAUUGUGCCAGCCCUGUAAAUCCUUCCAGAAAGGGAUUCUAUGGCAUGUAGAUUCACUUACACUUAGAAAUAUUUAUUCAUCCUUUUUAUGCCAGAAGAGUAAAGUGGCAACUUAUUUCAAAAUGCCCUUUGCUUUUUUUUUUUUUUGUAUGUGUUUCUGUCGUUUUGCUUUCAAAGGUAGACUUAAAUGCUUGUGGCAUUUUGUCCCUGGGGGCCUUAUUUAUAGGUCCAUUCAAAUGUAAAUCAAAGUAGUAAAUAAUUUAGCUGACUGAAAUGAGUAACAAUAAUUAUAGCAGGUAAACAUUGCACAUCAGCACAUACAUCAACAUUCUAGACUCCGGAUUCUUUGGUUGAUGUCAUUUGAUGGAAAAGAAACUUGGAUUAAAUUAGUGUGCUGCUCACCUGCCCAAGUUCUGUUAUUUCAAACCUGUGAACUAACCUUGCAGGGCAUUGUAAAUCAACAGUCAGAAUCACUUUCUAAAUUACCCCGUUGAUAUUACUAGAAAUAGCUGUGCAUCAGUGUGCCUACUGGGGAUUUUGAUUUCCUUGAAGACAUCUUUAUUCCUAUACCAGGACCCUAAAGGGCACAUGUGUUUGGCCAUCUUUUCUCCCAUGAGGAGAUGAAACAAAAUUUCCUAAAGCAGCGAUUCUCCAGCUGGACUACACAUUAGACUUGCGUGGAGCACUUUCAUGAAUGAUUCAACCCCUGGCCCCCUGGCCCACAAAGAUUUGGGUUUAAUUAGUUUUAGAUGGGUAUAGACGUCAGGUGUUUUGUUUUUUGGGGUUUUUUUGUGUGUGUUUUUUAAAAUUCGGUUGAUUCUACUAUGUAGCUAAAAUUGAGGACUGCCCUAAAUCAUCAUAUAAUCUAUGCUGACUGCCCUACACUCUAGGCCCCUAGGGACCAGGCAUAUUAUCUUUAUAGGUAUGUUGCAUUUUAAUAAAGGAGUCCUUGAAUGAUCAAAGAUAUAAUGGACCUGUGGUUCUCAAAAUGUGGUCCCUUGAUGAGGAUAUCAGCAUCCCCUGGAACUGCUCCAAAAAUACUCAUUCCCGCCCUCACCUCACACCUAUUAAAUUGGAAACCCAGUGGGUGUUUUAAUAAGCCCUCCAGGUAAUUCUGAUGUACUCUAAAGUCCGGAACUGCUCUCAUGGACUCUGGAUUGUACUGAGGAUUAGUCUCAGCUGGAAAACGGAUUGCAGAAGCAUUGUGAACUUUCUCUCUUUGUCUCUUUUUCUGUGUCUCUAUUUUUCUCCUUUUCUGUAGGAAAGGGUACUCACUCCAAAAGUGAUGGAUUCAUCUUGAAGCUUAUUUUUAUUAUGACCGUAAUGAUGUGUUUAUGACAUCUUCCAGCCCCACCCCCUACCGAGGAUGAGCACCUCUCACAGCACACCACAGAUCGCCAUUGUCUGUCAGGUUUCAUGAGUGGGUUUCAUCUACAGUAUAUCUAAUUUCAUUUAUUACUGAGCUGCAUUACUGUGGAGCCCGACAGUAUUUGUUUCCUGAUCUCAACCUCAAUGCUACGGAGCACUUUGAAUACAUAGCACCUUAUGAGAAAGAUUGUAAACUUGUUAAUUCUAUUGAAGAAUGAGUUUUGUACAAUGUGCUAAAUGGAAAUUGCAUUGAAUUAUUUUUAUAUUUAACACAUUCCGUCAAAACAUUCUGUAACAUAAUCCUACAAUCUGCAUGUGGGUUUAAGUGUGAAAUUCAGUGUUGGGAUAUUUUGAUUAAAUGAAUUUCUUUCUCUGCAAAUACUAUGUUGAUAAAACUAUUUGCAUGUUCAACUGAACUGAUUCCCCCCUAGUUUCAUUAUUAAAGCAUAAAUAAGCUGUAUGUUUACAAAUAAGGCAUGUAAAUGAUUCUUUAUAAAUAAGACUAGACUUUGAAAAAUCUUCUUUGUCCUUUCCUUAUGAAUUUAAACUCUAUAAAGCAGAGAAAGUUUGUUUCAUUGGGUUGUUUAUAUUGACUGUCUGCAAACACGUCUGCAUUCUUACAUGUCUUUCCCAUACAUGAGAUAAUGUCAGAGAAGAAAAUUAUCACCAUUUCAUGAAUAAGUAAAUAAAAGCUCAGUAAAGUUAAA